UGUAAAAGCUAAUACCGGAUAAGAUAUCUGAAUUCAAUCUUCGGAAUCUUAUUUGAUUGGAAUGGUAUGUUUUGAUAACAGAGUCACAGCCUUAACAUUGUGACAUAUCAGUUAAACUUGAAGAUCAUCUUCUGAACAACAGGGAGUUCAGCAGUCAGCACUACCUGAACCAGAUUUAUUUUUCUCCCAUCAGAUCGGCUAACAAGGGAAAAUUUUCAGGUUAAAAUGCCGAGCAAUGAUGAAUCACUGCUACCACUGCUAGCCAAGGCUAAGCCAGAAGAGGAUGUUAAAAGAACAUACUUUGACGUGCUGGGUCUUUGCUGCUCAUCUGAGGUUCCUAUGAUUGAAAACAUUAUGAAGCCACUUUAUGGAGUCAAGGAGGUCUCAGUGAUCGCUCCUACAAAAACAGUCAUUGUUGUCCAUGACAACCUCAUCAUCUCUCAAACUGAAAUCGUUACUGUGCUGAAUCGAGUGGGCCUAGAAGCAAAUGUUCGAGCAUAUGGUCAACAAAAGUACCAGAUGAAAUGGCCGAGCCCAUAUACAGUUGCCUGUGGUGGUUUACUCCUAGUGUCAUCUUUUAAAUUCCUUUUCCAGCCACUUCAAUGGGUUGCCCUUGUGGCCGUUGUAGUGGGUCUCCCUCCAGUAGCAUCGAAAGCCAUUGCUGCAAUACGGAGCUUCACUAUUGACGUCAACAUUCUAAUGUGGAUAGCAGCUGGUGGAUCAAUCGCUUUAGGAGAUUAUUGGGAGGCAGCUACCAUUGUCUUCCUAUUCACCAUUGCAGAGUGGCUUGAAUCAAUAGCUAGUCAUAAGGCUACUGCAGCCAUGUCCUCUUUGUUGAGCAUGGCCCCACAGAAAGCUGUCCUAGCUGAUAGUGGACUUGUUGUUGAUGCCAAAGAUGUGAAGGUGAAUACAAUUCUUGCAGUCAAGACUGGGGAAGUAAUUCCAAUUGAUGGAAUUGUUGCUGAAGGGAUGUGUGAAGUGGACGAAAAGACUUUGACAGGAGAAUCCUUUCCUGUUACCAAGCAAAAACAAUCUAGUGUUUUGGCUGGUAGCAUAAACCUAAAUGGUUAUAUAACUAUGAGAACCACUGCAUUAGCUGAAGAUUGUGUUGUAUCUAAAAUGGCAAAGCUAGUAGAAGAGGCCCAAAGCAACAAAUCUAAAACAGAGAGGCUCGUAGAUGAUUUUGCCAAGUACUACACACCAGCCAUUGUGUUAAUAGCGAUCAUUAUUCCAGUGGUUGCUGCUGUAUUAAGAUUUCAUAACCUAGAUCACUGGUUCCAUUUAGCGCUGGUUGUUCUAGUAUGUGCUUGCCCAUGUGCACUUAUCCUUUCGACACCGGUCGCAACUUUCAGCGCACUGACGGAGGCGACAACAAAUGGACUUCUAUUCAAGGGAGGUGAUUAUCUUGAAAGUCUUGCUAAAAUAAAGAUCGUGGCUUUUGACAAGACAGGAACGAUAACAAGAGGAGAGUUUGUGGUAACAGAUUUCCAAUCUAUUUGUCAUGAUGUUAGCCUGAACAUGUUGCUCUACUGGGUUUCAAGCAUUGAGAGUAAGUCGAGUCAUCCAAUGGCAUCUGCUCUUAUUGACUUUGCACGGGCUAAUUUUGUUGAACCAAAACCGGAGAAUGUUACAGAAUUCCAAAAUUUUCCUGGGGAAGGGAUUUUUGGACAAAUUGAUGGGGAAAACAUAUUUGUUGGAAAUAGAAGAAUUUCAACGAGAGCAGGUUGCAGAACGGUUUCAGCAGAAGAAAGUGAUGCUAAGGGAGGAGCAACAAUUGGAUACAUAUAUUCAGGAAUGAAUUUGAUAGGAACCUUCAGCCUGGCUGAUGCCUGUAGAUCAGGGGUUGCAGAUGCAAUCUCAGAGUUGAAAUCAAUGGGGAUUAGAACUGUGAUGCUUACAGGAGAUAGCCAUGCAGCAGCCAUUCAUGCACAAGCACAGCUAAGCAAUGCUAUACAGGUAGUUCAUGCUGAACUCCUCCCUGAAGACAAGGCAAGGAUUGUUGAAAGCCUGAAGAAGGAACAACCAACUGCAAUGAUCGGAGAUGGCAUAAAUGAUGCCCCAGCAUUAGCCACUGCUGACAUUGGUAUCUCAAUGGGCAUCUCUGGCUCAGCACUUGCAACAGAGACAGGGCAUGUGACACUUAUGUCCAAUAAUAUUCAAAAAAUACCCCAAGCUAUUUGGCUAGCAAGAAAAACUCGUCGGAAAAUAAUUGAGAAUGUUUCACUAUCAAUCAUCAGUAAGGUUGCUGUUAUUUCACUAGCAAUUGCUGGUCAUCCAAUUCUGUGGGCAGCCGUAUUGGCAGAUGUUGGUACAUGCUUAAUCGUUGUACUAAAUAGCAUGCUCCUUUUAAGAGGAACCACUAGUAUAAUUUCAUUCUGCACAUCUAAUAAACAAAGUUCAAGUGUUAGUUGUGGGCAGGUCACACAUGGAGGGGAGAGAUCAAAUAAUUUACCUGCUUCAUGUUGCCGUCCAGCUCCUGUUUUCUGUUCAUCACCAUUUGCAUCUGAGGGUUCCAAACAAAGCUCAUAUGGUGGUUGUGAAGGUCACACACAGAGGAUGGAGAGAUCAAACAAUUUAUCUGUGCCCUGUUUUUCUUCAUCUACUGUUCUUGAUAAGUGUUGCUCAACUGCAGAACCAUCAUCUGUGAAUUGUGAGGAUAGUGACGGACAUAUGGCAUCUGUGAGUUCUUCCAUGUGUUCAUCUGUACUUUCAUGUGGAUUGAACAACCCUUCAAGUUGUUCAGAAUCAUGCAAGCAAACAGGGGAUGUUAGGAUAGCCCUUUGAUUGCCAUUACUUCCGGAACUACCUGUUUAUGAUUCUUUGGAACAUUGUUGUCAAGUUAUGGAACAUGGAAAUUGUGAUGGCUCACAAAGGAGGGAGUCAAGCACAACUUCUGAAACUUUCAGUGAUUGUCUCAUCAAGGGUAAGUAGAAUCUCAGUGACUUGGAUACAACAUGCAAUGCAGCAACUGAAGGUUCAUCGAGUGUUGCAGAUGCUUGUAAAAAUUCAGAAAUGAGAGAGGUUGUUGAGUGUUGCAAGGUCGAAUGUGGUAGAAAACAAGGGUCUCUGGGAGUUAGUUCAAGAGUCUUAAAAGAGAUUGUCACUGAGUAAAAGUG